GCCCGUCGUCGCAACGCGGAAGAGACGAAGGAGGAAGAGGCGCUCCACGUCACUGAGGUGUAAUAUUGGCGUCAGUGCAACACAAGGUGCUACCUCAGUACCGUUUCAGGACCACUGUACAGCCCCGGACCUCCUCAUGUAGGUUACAGUAACUCGCAUGAGCGCAAAGAGAAGAGAUAUCCUCUGUUUCCCGCACCGAGCGGCCUCGGUAGAGACUCUGGGAAUCCGCUGAAGGUAAUCGUCUAGAUGGGUGAAUCAGGCUCACGCCGUUCCACGCUUGUUUCCCGCCUGCCGAUCUUCCGCCGCAGCAGCAGUAAGAGGCAGGAGUCUCUCCCCUCCUCUCCGUCUUCAGGCGGGGUGGGGAACGGCGUCCACAGCUCUUCGCCCUCCAGCACUAACUCCAGCUCCGGCAGCACCGGGAAACGCCGGAGCCUUUUCCGCACUCCAUCUCUCAGUUUCACAGCUAAACGGAAUAGUGAACCACGUGUCCAGCCUAUAAACCUGAACCUCACACCUCCACUGACACAGGCCACCGAUACAAAUGGGAAUAACCAGCAGACGAUAACAACGUCAUUGUCAACAGGUUUCAGUGAGGGGGGUGGACGCCCCAAGUCACGUCACUCGUUUGGGUUCGGCAGCCACAAGAAGAAAAUCACACGCUCUCAGACCGAGGAUUUUGAGAAAGCAUCCUCGUCCUCUUCCACAGCCAAUCGAAAUGUGUUUAUAAACUGCAUCAGCGGCUCGGGGGCCAAUGAGGGCGACGACUCCGGGUUCCUCGAUGACUACAGCGGUGGCAGUAAUAACAACAAGCGGUCGUCACGGCAGAAGAAACAGCUACUGCCCAAAUCUUUCUCUGCUCACCACCGCUUCUCCAAGACCUCCGAUCACCACAGGCCUCCAGAAGUGAAUCUCGAACCUCCAAGCUCUACCACCAUCACUCCAGGGACAGGAGGGCUCACCCCAGGCUCAUUGCCAGGCGAGCUGCUUGGUGCCGGUGGUGAGAGCUCACUCCAAUCCCCUAUAAUAUCGGAGGACCGAACCACAGCAGUCACCCCUUCAGAGUUCAUCCCCAUCACGGAGGAUUCUGUAUCCGAGGUGGAUGCUCUGCCAGCUCCCAGCCCCGGAUCUGGUUUAGGCCCAGGACCUGCCUCUGUACCUGGACUGGCUACUGACACAGCUCCACCUGACCCCCUACCUGCUCCAGAGAACUUCAGUGUAGCUGUCUCUACCUCCCAGGUUUUCUUUACUCCAGCCCAGUCCAGUGCUGAAAAACCUUUACUCCCUGACACCAGCACAGCCAACAACACAGACUAUGAGACUGCCAUUUCCCUCUCAGAGCCUGAGACAGCUGUGCCCUGCCUACCUCUUCAAGAACAAUCACUGGAAGAGAGGAAGGAGAGGGAGGAGGAGAGAAGGGAAGCGAGGGAGGACGAGUCAGCAGAGCAGAGGAAGGAGUUGGUGGAGGAGAGGAAAGCAGGUUACCACACGGAGACCACAAGUGAGAGUGAGGCAUGUGUGGUGCGCAGUGAGGGUUGUCACUCUAACCCAGAGCAAUCGGAAAGGAGGGCAAGACACACACUGUCUUUUCAAGAAAGAGGAAGCUUCUGUGGCCGCCACGAACCCAGGUCCUCUCACUUGCGAAAACCACAUGCAGCGUCUCUGUGUAGCAGUGUCAGCCCCUAUCAUGAGGUGAUGCGGAUGGAAAGGCGUCUGCGCUCCUCGUCUGAGGGGGCUGGUGGGCCUCGUAUCCAUGGAAACCACAGAGAUGCCCCUGGCAUGGAGGGAUGCGGUUUGCUUAAACACAGAAACAACUCUUCAUCAUCCAAAAUGGGGAGUCUGGAUGUUUUAAACAACCUGGGUUCCUCAGAACUGGAUGAAGAUGAUCUUAUGUUAGACCUGGACCUCUCUGACGAUCAGCGACAUCGACACGUAUCCAGAGAAGACUCCAGUCAGUCCCUCGCCUCCUGCCUCAACCUGCUCCCAUCCCCCAUGGAUCCAUCAGGAGAUCGCAUUCCGGGGAAAGAAAACAAUCAGAGGGAGCUCAGCCGUCCAACUAGCCUGCUGCCUGCCGACUGGAGCUCGGGGCUGGGUUUGGGGAGGGAAGACGAGCCCCUGCCUCCAGGGCUUGAGACUCUUCCUCUCAGACUGAUGCAGCAGGACUGUACUGCUGUCAAAACCCUGCUUUUAAGGCUGAGACGGACACUGCAGGAGAGCACAGAGACGAGUCCUGCCAGCAGCCUCCAAUCACUACCCAUUAGCCCUUGCAGUGAGAAGUCCCUUCCAUUUAAGGAUCUUGGCAGAGAAGAGGCCUUGCUGCAACAACUGAGGGAGAAAGACGAACUGAUUCUCAAACUCCAGAGUGAACUGGAGAGUGCCAAAGCUGCCCUGAAGAUGAAAGACUGCCAAAUGACUGACCGCACAACACAGACAGAACACAUGGGGCCAGAGACCAAUCAUCCAGGCCGUUGGUCAGGACUAGGCAGCAGCAGUCUGGCUCCAAGGGACCGAAGGGUAGUACGGGGUGUGGGGGCAGCACUCGGAGGGGACCUCUCUAACCAGCACUACUAUCCACCUCCUUACGGCCGGACUUCUGCCUCUGAACGACACACUGCCAGGGAGGAGCGACGCUGCCAGGGGGUCUUGGCACAGUCCACAGCCCAUAACCCUGCUCCGAAUCUGGCUCCAGGCUCCUCCGGCCUGUCCUUUGCCACUUCUGCAGUGUCAGCCCAAUCCUCACUUACUGCUCCAGCCCAGCUUCAAGUUUCACACCCGGGUCUUAGUCCAAACCAAUGCUCAGGCUCCAGUUCGGCGGCUUCUAAUCACACAGCAAUUCCAUCUCUGUCCUCCAGGCAGCCAGAGGGGGUGUCCACUUCUUCUGAGUCCUUAACUCAAGGAGGAGGAGGUGGAGUGAGUCUGCCAGGUGGGGUGAGGAGAGGAGGAGGAGGAGGAGGAGAGCACCAACCUCUUAGCCAUAUCCCUCGUGCAGUCGGGGCCAGCUCCUCCUCGAGCCUCCACAGUCUUGCUAGCAGAGGGAGCCCCUCUCCAAGCAUCUCAUCAUCCGUCCAAGCCUCCCCUCCGCCUCCUACUCCCUCCUCCGCCACCUCUUCCUCCUCCUCGUCCUCCUCGUUUACGGGUCGUUUGGGACAGCCACCUCGAGGCCCUCUGUCUCUGCAUAGCUACAGUCGUAAAAACGUCUUCCUCCAACAUUCCCUACAUACUUCCGAGCUGCAAGCUCUGACGCAGAGAGACAGUUGAGGGCACACGAACAUUUACACCAUCCCAACCAUAAGCAGCCAUAUUGACUGAAAUGGGUGACUCUAUAGAAAAUCUGCUGCUCCUUCAGUAUAAGUUACUCGUGUCCCAUUUCCCCCCUCACAAUCACGCUUUAUCACGUCUCUCUUUACAAUCCACACCAGCCCUUUGCUGACAUUUUGUUCAUAGAUUUGCUCACUUAAACACACACUCACAUGCAAGGCCACACACACACACACACACACACACACACACACACACACACACACACACACACACACACACACACACACACACACACACAUACAUUUCAGCUGUGAGUAUGAAAAAGGCACUCACCCGUCUAUCAGAACUCCCACGUGGCGUCAUGCUGACAGUUUAGAUGUGCUUACGCCCACAGACACACAAAGUGCACACAGACUCACAACCACAUUGCCCUGCACACACGCACAGAUCUAGUCACACACACUUGAAUACACACUCUGACACAGAGACAUCAUCUGCCUCACCAUCUGCACAAAUUACUGGGCGUUAAAGCUGAACAAAGAGAUGAGGUAUGUAUUUGUGUGUACUUUGUUGAAGAUUUAUUUUGUAUCCAUUUAUUUGGUCAUUUAUACCAGUUAAAACCAUGUGCUGCUUAAGGAAACCAUGGGACUGACCAUAAUUUGCGCUGGUAAGGAUAUAUUCUCACUUUGCCAAAAUCCUACAUCAGAUCUACUCCUCAUUCCUUGAUGACAGAAGUCCAGAUAAAAAUACAUGUUAAGAUGAAUAUCUCCACCAUGACCCUUGUACUGCAUGCUUUUUACAAUGUAUUCAAAAUACAGGUGAGCAUUUUGUACUGCAACAGAAGCGGGAUUUGGAUGACUUUUAAUCUUUUAAUGAUUCAGUAUCAACUCUCACCUCAGUGUUUCAAGAAGGGAAUCAAAUAUGCUACAACUUUUAAUGACAGGAGCCCGUUUGUAGAGUGUUCUGAGAACUAAGUAUCAUUCUCCUGCUCACAUCGAUUACGGCAUUAGCUGUACUUUUGGCUUAAUACUGGACCACCUUUUUUGUAGAAAUACAGUGUUGCAAUAUUACCCACAUUAUAUACGAGAAUCAAUGUGUAUCUGCGAUGUUAGAUUAGUACAAUACAGAAGCUGAAAUGAAGAGUUUCAUUCUAAAAUGAGACAUCUGCCAUUUGAAUAGACAAAAUGUAAGAAACUAGCACUACUGAACCCUUUAGUAACAAAAUACACCAGACAAUGAGGUUGAACAGAACAAGAUUUUUAGAUUUGGUACAAGAAGCAUUAUGUCUUUUUUUCCAAAAUGGAAAAAAACAAGUAUCAGGUUUUGGAAUGAAGCCCUUCAGAUCUUCUUUAGGGCUGGGUAUUGAACAGGGAUACUUACUGGUGCUUUUCUAGAUGACAGUGUCACUAUCCAUUUUUGAGAUUAAAAAAGGAAAAAUGUUUCAAAUAAUAGCGUUACAGUUGGCUGACACGUUUUCUAUCACACUCUUACCGAGGCAAUCAAUUGAGUAGAGUCUGAUUCUGCUUGAAAAAUGACAACAAAUAUUGCAUAGAAAGUUGUUUACUUUGAUCAAAUGAUGACAAGAAAGAAACAGAAAACAUGAUUUCACAAAGUAUCCCAUUUGUAAAAGCAUCAGCUCUGAGUUUUGUUUUACUGAUACCCAGUCCUUAUAUCUUAGCCGUCUUUUAUCUUGCUGAUCUCAGAUGUGUUUUCUUUAAAAAAAAACAAAAAAAACUGACCUAAUGAGAUGGCAUUUGGUAAAACAAGGCUAGCAAUUAUGUUGUUUUGGACAGUAGGACUACCUUUUGAGUGAGAUUUACAUAUACUGAAACUGCCAUGAGUCGAACAACAUCAUUCACACUUUCAGGACAAAGCGUGUCACAAUUUAAUAAGUGAGAAAACUUUUUUUUUUCCCUUUUUUACAUCUGUGAACGACUGGACUGCGUAACAACCCUUUUUAAUAUGCUGCAGUUAAACAUAUUUGCUGAACCCCCCCCCCACAUAGGGUUUAGGGUAAACAUAUCUUAUAAUGUCAACCGAGAGGUGGAAGCCGGCUGCUGAGUGCAGGCCAGAAAUCACAGCUCUCAGCGUUUACAGAAAAUGUUAGAUUUUGAAGAAGUUAUUGACCUUGUCUGUCUCUAAACAGCACCUGGCUGUAGGGAAGUUGUUUAAAUCAUCUGUGUGUGUGUUGUAAUGCACACCUCAUGAGGCAAGGACCUGGUAGAGGUGAAGAAAAGCCUGAAGGAAGACAGCUCUGCUCCCACUGGUGAAAGCUCUCAACUCCCCUUCUAGUCUGCUUCACUUGCACACUGUUUCCUCUUUUUUCCCCUGUCCCUUCUUCUUUCUGUCCUUGUUUCUUUCUCUACCCUAUUUUCUCCCUUUUCCUAUCUAUCCACUCCUCAUCCCCCUUUAGUUUCUCCUUAUACACAUUUUCCUCCUUCUGUCCCACAGCAUCCCACUCUUCCUUUUUUUCCUCUCCGUUAUCUUCCUUCUCCCUCUAUCCCAGGUCUGCCUCCAUCUCUAUCCCCUGCUUAGCUUACUUACCCACAGCUUAUUAUUGUCCUACAGUGUAUCUAUCACACUCUGUUGCAGUGGCUCUCAGUUCUGGGCAUUGGGACCUGAAGCGCUGCCGCAUUUUGAUUCCAGCUGUAUAAUCGGGGAAUAAUUUUACACCUGGUGAAUGCAAUUAACUACCUGGUAGGGUAUACGGCAGCAGUAAUGUGGCUCCCAAGAACCCGGGCUGAGAACCGCAGCUGUAAUGUGAACUAAACAUCCCCUGCUUGGUUUGUUUACAGGUGGAGGGUAACAACGUUUUGUCGCUGGCUGACCUCUUAUGAGCUGCUAUUUACAUCCGUCGUCAGUGCAUGCAUCAUAAUGUAGUUGACACCAUGUGAAAUGUCAUAAGGGAGAAUCUGGCCCCGUUAGCACUGCCCACUCAGGUUUUAUUUUUUCACCGUGUGUCAAACAGCUGUGUUCAGUUCAGCUGUGUUCAAAUUGGAAAACCACAAAGGUAGUUUUCUGGUUAUGUCACAUAUCACGAAAAGGAAAAAUCCACAUCUGAGAUGGCAGUUCAAAUGUGGCACUGCACUGAGCUCUUUUAAAGACAUUUUUCUCGUCGUGUUUUAAGAGUGGACCGAUAUUGAAUUUCACUGCUGGGAAACAAGGUUCUGCAAUCAUGAAGUGGAUACACCUCACAAACUUCCAUUCUUCACUUUAGUCAGCAGCAUGUUGUGCAUUUAAAACACUACAUCUCAUUUGUUGGGAAGUUAUUUAUUGUUUUCUGCCUUAUUUAUAUUUAUUGCCAUAGAACCAGUUUCAUAUAACAAAUAAAGAUAGUAUACUAUGAUAAUAAUCAUGAUGGAAGUGACAAUAAUAAUAUUAAUCAUGAUGUUACUGUUUUUAAUUUGAAUGAAUCACAGAUAUUAUACUGUCCUAGCUUUUAAUGUGCUUACUUUAAAUAUGUUUGUUUCUUUUUGAAUUGCUGUAAUAAUGAAAUAAAACUGUAUAAUUGUACAUAAAUGAUUAUAACUGUUGAUGUUCACUGUUCAUGAACAGGAACGUUCAUGCUCUUGUUAAUGACACUUAAGAAUAGGGGUUCACAUACAUUGUUGGAACACCAGUGAUUAAAACACAACAGAAUAGGUGAAGAUUUUGUUUCACUGGCAAAUGCAGUAGGAGGUCUGAGCUGUUUCCAAAGGGUUUCAGGCUAUAGUUACACAUCAGAAAACAAAUCAGACAAGCUUGCUAAAAUUUUACACGUAAAGGCCUGUUGACUCGCUCAUAGGUGAAGGGUCACCGAUUCAACUUCUCUCCUCUUUGAAAUCCAGCCUUUGCACUAUGAUUAUUUCUGCUUGAGACAACUUUGAAAGAGAAGCCUUUGCCUAUCUGUCAGAAAAGUGGAUGACAGAUGAUGAUAAUCUAUUAAAGCUGCUUUUUCAUCUGCUGAAGUCUGUGUCUAAGUACAUGAAACUGUUGGGUAGACUCAUACUGUGAGCCUCUGACCAGUUAGCACAUAAAUUCAUUCAGAUAAUUGACGUUGUUUUUCACUUUACACAGUCCUUCAAACAGUUUUGAAAUGUUAUCUGUUGGACAAGCACUGUUUGAUGGGCUUAUAUGUGAUCAAAAAAAAACUUGCAGUGUGUGUUUACCCAAAGUAUUUCCUUUCAGUUUCUGUCCAAGAUUGUUUUUUGUCACUCUCACAGUUUGUUUGUUCACAUGAGAAAUGUUUUAUCAAAAGACUUUUUGUCCACUGUCUCCUUAUUGUUAAUAUUUAAUACAAAUAAAAGUGAUGAAAAUA